AUGGGCUCCUCUUUGGAUUUGGUGGCGAGCUUCUCGCAUGAUUCCACUCGUUUUGCAUUCCAAGCAAGCGUCGCACAAAAGAACAAUGUGGAUAUUUAUCCAUUAAAUGAAACUAAGGAUUAUGUGGUCAAUAGUUCAUUAGUGAGUCAUAUUGACUAUGAGACAAACGAUAUGAAGGUUUCAGAUGUAAUCUUCUUUGGGUGGUGUAGUGAUUUGAUAGAUACGCAGUCAUCCAAUAUCAAAAGAAAAUUAGAUGAAGAUGAAGGAACUGGUGAAUCAAGUGAGCAAAGAUGUGAAAACUUUUUCGUUAACGGAUUUCCUGACGGAAGAAUUGUUGUUUACUCUUCUAAUGGUAAGGAUAUAGUUAAUAUCAUCAAGAAUAAAAAAGAGAUUUUGGGAGCAGACACAGACGAGUCUGAUAUAUGGAUUUUGGAUAGUGAUAAAGUCGUUAAGAAAUUACAGUAUAACAAUUCGAAACCUCUAAAGACUUUUACGCUAGUUGAUGGUAAAGAUGACGAAAUAGUUCAUUUCCAAAUUUUGCACCAAAAUGGCACUUUAUUGGUAUGCAUUAUUACUAAACAGAUGGUUUAUAUUGUUGAUCCAUCAAAGAGAAGACCCUCUACUAAGUAUAGUUUUGAAAUAUCAGACGCUGUAGCAUGUGAAUUUUCUUCAGACGGUAAGUAUCUGUUAAUUGCCAACAACGAAGAAUUAAUAGCUUACGACUUGAAGGAAGAUUCAAAGCUGAUCCAAUCAUGGCCUGUCCAAGUGAAGACAUUGAAAACUUUAGAUGAUUUGAUAAUGGCUUUGACUACUGAUGGUAAAAUUAAUAAUUAUAAGAUUGGCGAAGCCGACAAAGUUUGUUCUAUAGUUGUAAAUGAAGAUUUGGAAAUUAUAGAUUUCACGCCAAUAAACAGCAAGCAACAGGUUCUAAUUUCAUGGCUAAAUGUCAAUGAACCCAACUUUGAAUCUAUUUCUUUAAAAGAAAUUGAAACUCAGGGGUAUAUUACAAUAAACAAAAAUGAAAAAAAUAAUGCUGAUGAAGCGGACCAAAAGAAAUUAGAAGAGAAAGAAGAAGAAGCUCAGCCUGAAGUUCAACAUGAGAAGAAGGAGACUGAAACUAAGAUAAACAAGAAAGUUAGUAAAUCAGAUCAAGUUGAAAUUGCUAAUAUUCUCUCAUCGCAUUUAGAAGCUAAUUCAACAGAAAUAUUGGAUGAUCUGAUGUCUGGAAGUUGGACAGAACCAGAGAUUAAAAAAUUCAUCUUAACCAAGAUCAAUACAGUAGAUCAUCUAAGUAAGAUAUUUUUGACUAUAUCAAAGUCAAUAACACAAAAUCCAUGGAAUGAAGAAAAUUUACUUCCGUUGUGGCUUAAGUGGUUGCUGACUUUGAAAAGUGGGGAGUUAAAUUCUAUAAAGGAUAAACAUACAAAGAAAAAUUGCAAGCAUUUAAAAUCUGCAUUAAGAUCUUCAGAGGAGAUCUUGCCUGUUCUACUCGGUAUACAAGGUAGAUUAGAAAUGUUGAGGAGGCAAGCAAAAUUGAGAGAGGAUCUUGCACAACUAUCUAUGCAAGAGGGUGAAGAUGAUGAAAUAGAAGUUAUAGAGCAUUCAAAUGUAAUUAGUAAUCCUUUGCAGGAUCAAGCAUCGCCUGUUGAAAAGCUUGAACCAGAUUCAAUUGUUUAUGCAAAUGGAGAAAGUGACGAAUUUGUCGACGCAUCGGAAUACAAAGAUUGA